UUAAAUAUUGUUUUAGGCAGAAUUUGCAUAAUUUAACAAUUAAUAAAAAUCAAUUCUAAUAAUUUUAUUUAUUGCAUCUACUAUAACUCACUUAUAUAAAAAAAACAGCAAUUACAACUAAAUUUUAGAUUAUUCGUUUUCCUAAUACAUAAAGGCAUGAGUUAGCAAAAUUUUGCAAAUAUGGAGAGUCCUCUUGAUUAAAGUAAUUUUUAUAAUCAACAGGCAGAUAAUAAUGAUAGAUAGAUACAUCUUAAAGAUAAAAUUUUUUCGAUAGUAGAUGAGUAGAUUGGAAGCAAGUUGAAAUUAAUUACUGAUAGAUAUGAAAAUUAGUAGUAAAGCAUUGAUUAAUAAUAAGAUAUGCUAAAGUCUUUAUUAAAUACUGCAGAAAAAAUAUUAUCCAACUUAGAGAAAUAAAAUGAGUAAAAAUAAGCUGCGGCAGCUCCUAAAAAUAAUUAAAAUGCUGCUCCAACAAAUAGUACUUUAGGCAAAAAAAUAGGAUCAAACUUACUGUAAAGCUCUCUUAUGGGUAUAAGUUCUGGCUUACCUGUUAUAAAUGAAGCAGUACCUUUAUCUUAAAGAUUAUCUGCAUCUGUAAACCAACUGCCUGCACAAGCUAACUUAUCAAAAAUUGCUAAAGGUGCUGCUACUUUGGAUGUAAAAAGUAAAGGAUUAAAAACACAAACUAAAGAAAAUCAUGAAGAAGAGUCUUAGAAAGUUAAACCAGCAACUGAUAAAAAAGAAACGCAUAAAGAAUAAUUAAAACCUAUAGAAGAAGGUGUUUCAAAUAAUACACCUAGCCAUAAAUCAACAGCUUCAACUCAUAUAGUAGAUAAUUCAAAAAUUCCUAAAAUAUAAGAUUUAAAAACAUUAAGGAAUUUAAAUAAAAAUAAAAGUAUGGUUUAGUUAAAAUAAGAGGAGAAUAAUACCAAAUAAGAAAAGAGUAAGUUUUCAGAUAAUAAAGAUCUUCCCAAUAAAACUGGACCUACAACUUCAGAUAACUCGAGAAAAAGUUUAUAGGGUAAAAAAGAUGAAAAACCUAAACAAAAUGAAGAUGAAGAAAAACCAAAAACAGAAAGAAAGCCUGCUAUACCAAAGGUAGGAGCUAGCCACGAAAAAGCUGGUUCUGAUAGCAAAAAUAAAGAUAAAUCAUUAAAAAAUAGUGCAAGUGUUUCACAAUUUAAUUCUGUAGAUCCUAAAUCUUUAAAGUCUGAUAAAGCUAUUCCAUAAACUAAAACAAAACAAAAUGCAAAUAAAAAAAAUGAAUCUUAAUCUUUGCCAUAAGAUUCAAAUCAACCUAAAAUUAUACCCAAAAAAAUUGUAAAAGAAAAUAAUGAAGUAAAAGUUGAACAAAUAGAAGAGAAAUAGCCUGAACUGAAAUAAGAAAUAGAAAAAAUUCAAACAGCAGCAUAAUAAAAUGACAAUGAAAUAAAAGUCAAUUCAUAAAACAUGAAUUAAAAUGCAAACUAAGAAAAAUAAGUUAUUAUUUCUGAAAAAGAUAUCAGUAAACAUGAAGAAGAUGAGAAUUUAUUGGACGAUAUUGCUAAUCAUCAUGUUUAAACUGAUACUGAUAAUUAAAAAAACAUACAGGUAUAAGGAGAAGUAGAAUAAAGGCCAUCUAAGCAAGAGAUACAAUAAGAGUUUGACUAAAAUGCUUUUAAAACUAUGAUUAAUUAGUUUUUUGAAGGUAAAAUAACAGCAGAUCAAAUUAAAAAAUUCUGUAAAGAUAAUUAGCAAUUCAAUGAAGAAAUUGAUGAAACUUUAAUUUUUACCUAAAUUGAUCUUCAAAAAAUUGUUGAUGAAUUUAAUGAAAAAUAUCCUGACAGUGGAAAUUUUUCAGAUAAAUUUAAAAUAAGUUAAAAUACAAAGGAAGGACUUCAAUUGAUAGAUGUUAACUUUAUUGGAGAAAUGGUUGAAAAAGAAUGUUUGGAUUAAUUAGUACUAUAGUAAUACGAACUUUUCUUUUUUAUGUUAGACGGACCUGAAAUUUAAGAAUAUAGGAAAACUGAAAGCAAAGAAAAUUAUGUCAGAGAAUACAUGAACACCAAUUAUGAGAAGUUUGUCGAAAUACUCUUGAGCUUAGAAGAUAAAGUUUAAUAACUUAACUAAAGUUAUGAAAAGAAAUUGUUUAUUAAGGAAUUUAUUGAGAAAAACUAAGAUAUAACUAACUAAGACCAAUUCUAUAAUAUUGAGCCUCUCUGUGCUUUGAUUUCUCCACUGAUAGAAGAAAUUAUUGUAUUUAUGGGAUUGAGCGAAUAAGAUGAAAAUACUAGCAAAAAGAAUAUUUAAUACUUUAAAUACCAAGAUAAUUAAAUGAAAAUAAAAAGAAUUGCAGAUCUUAAUUAGAUAAUUGUUGACAAUACUUAUAACAGUAAUACAGAGUGA